UGUCCUGCGAGAACUGGCACCAAACUGAAGCAUCCAUGGAGUGCUCCGUCCUCUCGCAAAAUCCACAACGCACAACACUUCGGUCCGAAGUAAUAUAGAAGAUAUCGCAACCGACGCAAGAUAGAACAUUUUCUUUCGCUCAUCUCUUUCGUUGUGUAACUUUCCGAAACACUCUUUCUCCCGGCUUCCCUCCACGUUCACUUUCCGGUACCCCAGAAGCAUUGUCGCCGUAAAAACGUAUCCAUGGAUGGGAUGGCUGUUGGCAUGAUGCCCGGGACCGUCCGGGUGCGGUGUGGGCCGCUUCAAGUGAUGCUGAACCAGCAGAAAACCAAAGCUCGGCGGAAAAAGCGAAAGGAUUUGCUCGGUGUGCAAAUAUGCUUCAUUGGGGUGCUGCUCGUGCUUGUAAUGGGGCUCUCGUGUUUGGCGGAGAAAGCAGGAUAUGACCUCUCAAGCAUUACUACUGAGGAGGGUGCCGGGUGGGAGACUCGAAGGCUACUACAGGAAUCCUGGGACAACGAGACAGACCCUCUGUUGGGCCCCCCGUCCAAAAACUGCACUGAGCCAGCACUACAUGAGUUCCCCACAGACCUGUUCACCAACAAGGAGCGCACAGAGGGAGCAGUGGCCUUACAUGUCCUAUUUGCAAUGUACAUGUUCUAUGCGCUGGCCCUAGUGUGUGAUGACUACUUUGUUCCAUCUCUGGAGAAGAUAUGCGAGCGUCUUCAUCUUAGUGAGGAUGUGGCAGGUGCAACCUUCAUGGCGGCCGGCAGCUCAGCUCCUGAACUCUUCACCUCUGUCAUCGGUGUGUUUAUCACUAAAGGGGAUGUGGGGGUGGGCACGAUUGUGGGCUCCGCCGUCUUCAAUAUCCUCUGCAUUAUCGGAGUGUGUGGAAUAUUUGCUGGCCAGGCGGUGCAUCUGUCUCGUUGGUCUCUUCUGAGAGACUCCGUGUACUACACCCUGUCCAUCGCUGCUCUCAUAGUGUUCAUAUAUGAUGAAAAGGUUUCGUGGUGGGAGUCUCUGACACUGGUUCUGAUGUAUUUCGGCUACAUUUUGAUAAUGAAGUUUAACUCGAACAUUGUGCACUUCCUGGAGAGGCGGAAGAAGAACUCGUCCAGCCUGGGGAACGGCACAGCCAGUAACGCUGACCUGGAAGACAACUGUGAUGCCACCGCUGUCCUGCUGAAGAAAGCUAACUUACAUAGAAAGCAGUCAGUGUUGAUGGUAGAUGAGUUGCUGUCAGCCUACCCCCACCAGCUGUCCUUCUCUGAUGCCGGCAUGAGGAUCAUGAUCACCAGCCACUUCUCCCCUCGCACCCGCCUCACCAUGGCCUCACGCAUGCUCAUCACUGAGAGACAGCGUCUGAUUAGCACCCGGCCGUUCACGAACGGAGACUCGGAGAUCACGGUGAAAGUCGGCAGUAGGCGGGGCCUGGAGAAUGGACUGGGCGGGCCCGAAAGGGGCGUCAAUGGUCGCCGUGGUCACCAUGGAGAGGACGACAGGGGAGGGGUGGAGUCUGGCAACGAGACGGAAAACGAAAACGAAGACAAUGAGAAUAAUGAGAAUGAUGAGGAAGAGGAGGAGGAAGAAGGGGAAGGACCUUUCGUACCCUUUCAUGCCCCAGCUGGGUGCUGUAAUAAGAUCAAGUGGCUGUUGGCCUGGCCUCUGUGCCUGCUCUUGUUCUUCACGGUGCCUAACUGUGCCACCCCUCGCUGGGAGAGAUGGUUCAUGGUCUCCUUCGUCAACUCCACCCUCUGGAUUGCUGGCUUUUCCUAUGUCAUGGUCUGGAUGGUGACAGUGAUCGGGUUUACUCUGGGUAUCCCUGAUGUUAUCAUGGGCAUCACCUUCCUGGCAGCUGGCACCAGUGUCCCUGAUUGCAUGGCCAGUCUUAUAGUGGCACGGCAAGGUCUCGGGGACAUGGCUGUGUCUAACUCUAUAGGCAGUAAUGUGUUUGAUAUCCUUAUUGGACUGGGACUACCCUGGGCCCUGCAGACCCUAGCCAUCAACUAUGGCUCCUACAUUCAACUGAACAGCAAAGGGCUCAUCUUCUCUGUGGGACUUCUGUUGGGGUCUGUGUUCCUCACGGUCCUGGGGGUACAUCUGAACGGGUGGAAACUGGACCGUCGUCUGGGCCUGGUGUGUCUGUUCAUGUACUCCAUCUUUCUCUGCUUCUCCAUCCUCAUAGAGUACAACAUCUUCACUUUCGUCAACCUGCCCACCUGCAGAGACCGCUGAGGCUUGCUUCUCUCUCCUCUUUCUCCUCUCUGUCGCCCCCUGUCUGUCUGCGGCUCAGAUAUUUUUUUUAUUGUUCAAAGCAUUCGUUUUUGAAUUUCGUCUCUUUUCUUUAUGGUCAGAGUAAUAUGGAGCAGCCCUGGUGUGUGGGGUUGUUUUUAAACAGGAGAGGAGAUGAUUGGGCACACACAUGCGGGAGCACAAACUGACUUGUAAAAAGCUCUCACGAGGACUCGUGAACAAAGCUAUUUUUGUCGACUACUGCCUGCUUUGAUGUGAAGAUUGUUUUUGUUUGGGAUUUUUUUUUUGUAAAGGUGAUUGAAACUGCGUUAUAUUCUACAGUGUGAUCUUGAUUAUAUUUUAUAAUGUAAUGUGUUUAAUAGCUGCUAACUGGCUUAGAGGAUAGCCGGCCUGAAGAAAAUUGGUAGUCUACUGGAAUAGUGUUGUUCUUUGAACAAUAUUAGCAAUGAUUCUUAUGGUUGAUCAUGUCAAUGGAAAUCAAUUAACGUGAAAGUGCUAGGUAACUUGAUGUAAAUAGUUGACAGAGGACAUUUAGCUGAAUGACACCCCAGACUUCUCAUCAUGAUCUGUGGGCAUUACCCCCCCCCCCCCCCCCCACCCCCAAUCUACACACACACACAGACAAUGCUGUUGAGCAGCAGUAUGUACACAAAGAUACUUUUUAAACAUUGCUUAAUCAGCUUUUAUUGAAUUGAUUCUGUCCCUUUUGAUUUAAUCUAUAGAGUCGAUUUCAGGAGAGGACAGGAUAAAUGGAGUGCAUUUGGUUGGAAUAGGCAACAGCAAUAUGAGGUCAGAUAUGCUAUACUGUUGGAAAGUGAAAAGUAUCUCUAAAAUAUAAUGAAAUGUGUUGAAUUAGGGGUUUUGUACAUUUUUACCCUUUGUAAAUACACCCAGACGACAGAUAUUUUAUUUAUUAACUUAUUGAACAUUAUUUAUGCAUAUUUGGAGGGGGGGGUCUGCAUUUUAAAUCCAAACCAACCCAUAUUGGUCUCAAAGAUUAGUUCAUUUUGGAGAUACUGUCUGCAGAGCUUAGUGACACCAAUACUCCUUGGCAUGUUGUGAGACUCAAGUCAAAAGUCACUUUUUGGAAAAACAUCCUUUCAACACUCUUUUGACUCUUGCAAGAGAGGAAUUUCUACUUAAGUUAUUCUGAACAUUUACUUUAUGACGGACUUGAUUGAGAUGGUAACAAUUUAUGGAAGAAAAUGUAUUGUUCCUUAGCAAGUCAAACCUCUUCAGUGAGAAUUUAUUUACACUGGGGUAUAUUAUAUGUGGUACCUAUCCAAGGUGGGAGACUCAAUGGCCAUGAGUGUCCCUACUUGCUGAUUGUUAGGACAAUCUCCUGGUAAAAUGAAGCAAGCGAUUGUCAAAAACAGUGAACUCCUUUUUUUCCACUCAUGUUGCUCAAGAGAAUGAGAUGUGCUGCUACCUAGGGGCACAACUAUGAACAACAGCACACUAUUGGAUUCCUACAGACUUUCUCCUAUUCAAAGUAACUUUUACCAAAUGUACAUUGCCUGGAAGGACUUCCUGUUUAAAGGGUGGCACACAGAGGAAAUGAGGCGUAUCUGUACUAAUUACUCCUAGUGAUAUUAUUCAUAGGAGUCGAGAUCAUUGAGAAUGACAGAGUCCUCUAGUGGCCAAAAAGUCAUAUUAGCACGGGCAGCGCCAUUGAGGGCUUCCACCAUUACAAUAUAGUCAACUGGGUGGGACUUCCAACUUCAUUGGCUGAUCCCUCCUUGUGACCCUGUUGGCAUCAUGUCCACCCGGGUCAUCAGGAGGGAUCAGCCAAUCCUGAAGAAGAAAAUGUACUACUUAAACAUGGAGAUGCGCUCAUGUUGUCACAGAUGCUAUAAUGGCACAUAUACAAACAUUAGUCCUCGAUCUAUCUCUAUGGUAGGGAUGCACUUUGAAUAAAGCAUCUGAACUUUGACCUGACCUGGUGUUGGUUGGGCUGUGGUAAUUUGUGUUUUGUAAUGCACAAUGUUUAGAGGUUGUGGUACAUUUAAAUCACUGCUUAUGUCCUUUGCGCCUUUAGUUUAAAGGGAAUAUAUCAGACAUCAUCUGUCAACCUACAGGGGAUUCUGAGAGACUGUUGCUCAAGGCAAGCCAACCAGCAAAGCACCAUAAUUACAUUGGCCCUACAGAAAGUAUUAUAUGUCUCUCUCUAUCCUCUCCUGAAAGCAGGGGAACACUGUUAAAACACUGUUCAAAUCUUGAUGUUUCACCUGGUGGGUUUAUUUCAUAAAUGCAAAUAACACAUUUAUUGGAGAAGAAAAACGUUGUUUUACAAACUGCUCUGAAUUACUUAUCUUGUGAACACUCAUUUCAUGGACCAAUAGCACAACAUCUCAAAUGCAUAAAUUAUAAUGAAAAAAAAAAGUCUCAGAAUGUACAAAGUCUUAGGGUUGCAUUUGUUUUUAAAGGAUGUUUGUUUGUUUUUGUUCAUAUCAUAUUUAUCAUAUUUUCCUUGGGUGAUUAGUAUAGACAGAGCACAACUCUAGUGUCAAAGGAAAACAGGGUUUAUCAUUCAAAUGUCAAAUUAUUUAUAAUGCAAUAAUUAUGAGCUUUACAAUGUAAAUAUGUUGUUUGUUUGAAGGCACAUAUGACAGUUUUCUAGAUGGUACAUGCACGUACACAGUAGCACAUCUAUCUGUCAAUAGAGGAACAUCUUUCUUGUAGGACAGACUAAGGCUAAAUGGUUUACAGAAAUCUGCACUGGAAGCUUGUUAUGAAAAUGGGACUUAUCUAAAUAUCUACCAGCCUAUAAGUUAAAGGCUCCCAACUCUCUUUGUUUUUGCAAAUAUCAUACAAAUAUCCCCAUGCAGCAUUCAAUAUACAGGUAUUUAUGUUGAGAAAAAAAUCUAUAUUCAGUGGCACAUCUAUUGUAACUGAAAUGUUAACCAGUGACAAGUUCAUCAUUGACCAUAAUAGCAUGGACAAUAUGGUCAGAUGGCAUGUGUUGCUGUUAAUUUAUCCCUGUAUUACAGCUUCUACAGUACGUUUGAGGAUUAUGUUCUAAAAACAUAUACUAUACGAUCAUGUGCUUGAAAUUAACCAAACUAUUGCCAAGAGCUCAUCUGCAGAUAUGAGUGUCUUGAAGAAAUGAAUAUUUUAAUAAUUGGUGAUAUAAACAUGGUGAUAUAUUGCUGAUGUACAUAGAUAUACAUACAUGUAAAUGUAUUUAUAUAUUUAGUCAACCAAUCUGUCGAAUAUAUUUUCAUAGAUGUGAUCCUACAUCCCCCUUGUUACCCUCCUUAGUCCUUGUUUUGUGGUUGAGAUUUUAUUGAUAUCACUGUAUCCUUUGUUAACUUGCAUGGAUAUAUUUUAAUAUAAUACAUUAUUUAUGGUAAUUAUAAUGUAAUUGAAUCAUAGUUAUAUACAGUACCAGUCAAGUUUGGACACACCUACUCAUUCCAGGGUUUUUCUUUAGUUUUACUAUUUUCUACAUUGUAGAAUAAAAGUGAUGACAUCACAACUAUGAAAUAACACAUAUGGAGUCAUGUAGUAACCAAAAAAAGAGUUAAACAAAUCAAAAUAGAUUUUGUAUUUGAGAUUCUUCAAAGUAACCACCCUUUGCCUUGAUGGCAGUUUUGCACAGUCUUGGCAUUCUCUCAACCAGCUUCAUGAGGUAGUCAUCUGGAAUGUAGAGAAACCCUUGAAUGAGUAGGUGUGUCCAAACGUUUGACUGGUACUAUAUAUAUAUAUAUAUUAAAGAUGGACUAGACUCAGCUGUUAAACAGGAUUUCCUAGAUGACUGCAUUGUUGCUGAUAGGAUUGCUGAGUUUAAUGACGUAAUGUUAAUCAAAUGGACCAAGGUAUGCCUCCUGAACAGGGAGAUCUAGACAGAAUGGUUUACUUUGUGUUCUAAUGUUUCAGAUGUUUCAGAUGUUUAGAAUAAUUUUGCUACUUGAGCAUAAAUAAAGUAAUUUUUGCUUA